CUGCCCGUGCAUUUUUGCCACAGUCCCGAGCCCAAUCCCCCGACGGUUUCCCACUAGCGCAUAUCCGUACCCCCAUCUCGGAGCCUCUGCCGACCGACUCUUUCCUCUCGACUCUAUCCAACACUUCCUUGAGGUCCAAGAUGGCUGAUCAAGUAAUUGGUGUUUUAGGUGGGGGACAAUUGGGUAGGAUGAUGGUCCAGGCAGCCGUUCGUCUUGGGAUUCCGAUUAUUACCCUGGACAAGGAGCAUUCACCGGCCUCACAAGUCUCCAACCCAAGCUCGAUCGACAGCCAACAUCCUGUGGACUUGAACCACCAGAUUGGGAGCUUCAAUUCGGUGGCGGAUAUCGAGAAACUGAGUCAAAUGGUCGACAUCCUGACAAUCGAGAUCGAGCAUGUCAACGUAUCCAUUCUCAAGACCCUCCUGAAAAAUCAGCAGUUAGGUCGCUCGAAGACCAAUCCGAUCAAGAUCUAUCCCCACCCAGAAGUAAUCGAGAUCAUUCAGGAUAAAUUUAAACAAAAGCUGUUUUUGAGUCAAGCCGGGAUCCCAGUCUCAGAUUUUGAAGAGAUCCAACAACGUCCUUCGAUAUCAGAACUCGAGGAACAGGUUCGACUGGUCGCGGGAAGAUUGGGAUUUCCAUUGAUGUUGAAGAGUCGACUGUUGGCCUACGACGGUCGGGGCAAUUUCCUUGUCAAGACCGCCGAAGACAUACCCAGAGCGAUCCGAGCAUUGACUCCAACAUCCUUCGAUUCGAAAAACGAUCUAUCUGAGCUGAAGCUUUAUGCUGAAGGCUUUGUCCCUUUCACCUGUGAGAUCGCCGUCAUGGUCGUCAAAGGAAUCCCUUCACCUGGCUCAGCAGACCCAAACAUUCGAGUUUACCCACCCGUCCAGACUAUCCAUCAGGACAACAUUUGCCAUACUGUUCACAGUCCCUUACGUCUCGGCGGCCCCUCAGCCUCCAAAUCUGCUUUAACUGUGGCCCAACGGUCCAUAACCGCCUUGGGAGCUGGCGCAGUCGGCGUCUUCGCUGUUGAAAUGUUUCUUUUACCCGAUAAUACCGUCUUGGUCAAUGAAAUUGCGCCGCGACCUCACAACUCCUAUCAUCAUACGAUCUCCUCAACAGCCGUCUCCCAAUUCACCGCCCAUUUACUGGCCAUCACAUCCAAGCCCUUACCACCGACGGAAUCGUUUGAACUGGCAGUACCCUCGGCAGCGAUGGUCAACGUGCUGGGUCAUGAGAGCGGAGAGAAGGGCGAGAAACAAGUCAAAAAAUGUUUCGAGCUUGUGAGCGGCCUCAAAGGUGUCAGCGUCGAAUCGUAUGGGAAAUUCGGCUGUCAACGGGGCAGAAAGAUGGGACAUAUUAAUGUGAUUGGAGAAAGCGAUGCAGAUGUUCGGGAGAUCGUUUCGAAGGUGGUCCGAUGUCUACCCGUCAACCAAACUGAUGACUUGGAUUUUGAAGGGCUCAUCAAGAGCGCGCCAACGGCUGCGAGAUCAGGUGGAUUUUCGGACCCGAACCCGCUAGUCUCGAUCAUCAUGGGGUCCGAUUCGGACCUUCCGACGAUGAUUGAGGCUUCUCGAAUACUCUCACAUCCACUCUUCCAGGUCGCACACGAGCUGACAAUCGUUUCGGCCCACCGGACACCGGAAAGGAUGGUCGAAUUUUCCCAGUCUGCGGCCAGUCGCGGGGUGAAGGUAAUCAUUGCGGGAGCUGGCGGAGCGGCCCAUCUGCCAGGGAUGGUGAGUGCCCUGACACCCUUACCAGUGAUUGGCGUGCCGGUCAAGGGGAAGACUCUCGAUGGGGUCGACUCCCUACAUUCAAUCGUCCAGAUGCCCCGAGGCAUCCCCGUCGCCACCGUCGCCAUCGGCAAUUCCACAAACGCUGCCCUUCUCGCCGUCCGGAUCCUGUCCACCGGAAUCCCUAGACUGGUCGAUGCUAUGAGUACCUACAUGGCUCAGAUGGAAUCGGAAGUCUUGGCCAAAGUCGAUAAACUCAGCCAAGUAGGCUGGGAGUCCUAUUAAUGCUCAGUCAAAAUAUACCCCUAAUUAAAGCCCCCAAAAAAACAAACGGAAUUCGUCAUCUCUAUUCUUUCAGAAAUUCUCAAUGUGCCAAAAUAGCCAUGUACUAUCUCCCCAUCGUUUACAGCUCUUAUGUCUUGAGGAAGCAAUUUUUUUAUCUCAGGGAAGAUGACAAAAGUGUGGGCACCCG